AUGAACAUCAAACAAGUGCACAUCAAACAAGUGCACAUCAAACAAGUGCACAUCAAACAAGUGCACAUCAAACAAGUGCACAUUAAACAAGUGCACAUUAAACAAGUGAACAUUAAACAAGUGCACAUCAAACAAGUGCACAUCAAACAUGUGCACAUUAAACAAGUGAACAUUAAACAAGUGCACAUCAAACAAGCUCACAUUAAACAACCAAACAUAACCAACAGCCUGUACGGCAGUGCUGAAGACAACAGCACACUAUUUUUCCUUGGAACAGUCUGCAAAGGAGCUCACAGCUCAGCAGCAAAAACCUGGAUAGAUGAUGAAGAAGAAGAAGAAGAAUGCAACAGCCAAAACAAAUCCAAAAGUUCUCUGCUGUUUCAGGACAAACCUGACCUUGACCCUAUCGGCUGCAAUGAACAGACGAUGUUGACAGUGGUCAGCGGGUCAAAGUUGUCGUGCGCUAUGUCUUGCAUGUUUAGUGAAGCGUGCGUGCUUUUCUCAUAUGUCAGUGACUCCAAAACCUGCUCACUUUGUCACGGUGGCAUGAUUCAGAAUCUAACUUUCAAUGCUGACAAAACGUUUAGUUGGUCUUACGUACUUUUUGAGAACUAUGAACCAACAACCAUUAACACAACUUGCAAUCUUGGAAGAGUUGUUCCAGGCGGUCUUUCAAUCGGCACUAUAAUACACCUCUGCAUUUACCUAUUUCCCAAUAGGCAACCGUAUUUCGUGCUUGCCCUAAGGGAAGGAACUCUGACCGAAAGUUACCCUUUGACAUUAAUGGUUAGCAAUAACACUAUCUGCCUGUAUUCCGGCCGUGCGGUGACGAAUGCCACCUAUAUCCAGUUAGCUUUGGGCUCACUUGUAGAAGGAAAAACGCAUGCAGUGGAUAUACUGGUUACUGCAGACGGCUUUCAACUUUACAUAGACAAGAUUUACUACAGUUUGUAUAGGCAUCUCAUUCCAUUUAAUAAAACAAAGUUUUUAUUCAUCCGUGGCCUUAUCCAAGUUACGGAGCUUGCAGUGUAA